CCACGCUGCGCCCAGCGCAGAGAGGCAGACAUGUCGGAGCCCCCUCCAGUGGAGGAUCCCGCCGACGAGGGAGGCGGCGAGCACAAGAAGAAGCGCAAGAAGCACAAGAAGCACCGCUCCAAGGAGGGAGACGGCGCUGACGCUGAGGGCGAGCCCGCAAACGGCAACAGCGCGGCAGAGGCGGCCAAGGCGUCAGAGGUCUCGCCCGGCCGCGGCUCCGGCUCGCGCGGCCGCGCUGGCUCGCGCGGCCGCGCAGACGACCGUCGCAGCCGCAGCCGCAGCCCGCGCCGCCGCAGCAGGAGCCCGAGCUACGACCGGCGCCGCGACGACCGGCGCCGCUCGCCGCCACGCUACCGCGACUACCGCGACGACCGGCGCCGCUCGCCGCCGCGCUACCGCGACGACCGCCGCCGCUCGCCUCCUCGCUACCGCGACCAUGGCAGGCGGCGCUCGCCUCCGCCGCGCCACCGCGACGACCGGCGGCGCGGCAGCUCGCCGCCGCGCGGCGACUUCACGCGGAGCUAUGGGGGGAGGUCGCGGAGCUACAGCCCCUCGCCCGUGCGCAAGAAGAAGCCGGCGGCGCCGGCCGACAACAAGCCGGCCCGCUUUUGGGACGGCUUCCAGUGGGUCGACGUCGAGAAGAACGAGGCCGACUCGGCGCCGCUGAUGGGGCAGGCGACGCGCAAGGACCGGCGGCUGUACGUGGGCAACCUGCCCAUCGGCGCGGGGCUGGCGGACAAGCAGCUCUCCGAGUUCGUCUCCACCGCCAUGAAGCAGCGCGGCCUGAUUGCGCAGGAGGCGCCUGACCCCGUCCUCUCGGUCUGGCUCUCGCCCGAGGGGACGUACGCAUUCGUCGAGUUCCAGAGCCCCGACAUCGCAAACCUCGCGCUUGGGCUCAACGGCAUCAUGCUGCUCACCUCCGCCCUGCGCAUCUCCCGCCCAAACAACUACCAGGUCCCCGUCGCCAACGCCGCCGACGCGCCCGGCCUCGCGCCGCAGGCCUCUGGGGGAGGCAGCACGGGCGUCGUGACCGGGGAGGAUGCGGCCUCGCGCGCACUCGCCGCGGCGGCCGCCCUCGCGGGGGUUGGUCCGAUGCCGACGCCCGCGGCGCUGUCCGCGAUGACCGCCCAGCUCGCCGCCGGGGCCGGCGCAGGAGCCGGCGCGGCCGGCGCGGGCGGCGCGCCCGCGUGCACGAGCACCGUCAUCUCGUGCAGCAACAUGCUCACCCCGGCGGAGCUCGCCGACCCGGAGGAGCGGGAGGGCCUCAAGGAGGACGUGACGGAGGAGUGCGCCCGGUUCGGCAAGCUGCUCGGGGUCAAGGUGCCCGCGGACGCCAACCCGGACUGCUGCGCAUACGUCCGCUUUGAGAGCCUCGAGGCCGCCGCCGCCGCGAUCGCGUCCCUCUCCGGCCGAAAGUUCGACGGCCGGACGGUCGGCGUCCUCUCCGUCGACGAGGCCGCCUUCGACGCGCUGUGAGGAGGAACCAGUCUGCGAGGCGGGGCGCGCGGGGGG